CCGAAUCUCUCCCCGUGAGUCGGGUCACGUGACCGCGCGCGGACGCUGCUGCCGCCGCGAUGGGCACGGCGCUGGACAUCAAGAUCAAGCGGGCCAACAAAGUCUACCACUGCGGGGAGGUUCUUUCUGGAGUCGUCGUCAUAACAAGUAAGGACACAGUCCAGCACCAAGGUAUCUCAUUAACAAUGGAAGGAUCAGUAAAUUUGCAGCUUAGUGCCAAAAGUGUGGGUGUGUUUGAAGCUUUCUAUAACUCUGUCAAGCCUAUUCAGAUUAUUAACAACACUGUUGAAAUGGUAAAACCAGGGAAACUUCCCAGUGGCAGGACAGAAAUCCCAUUUGAAUUUCCAUUGCAUAUGAAGGGGAACAAAGUCCUGUAUGAGACAUAUCAUGGUGUCUUUGUUAAUAUUCAGUAUACCCUGCGGUGUGAUAUGCGACGUUCUUUGCUGGCAAAGGACCUAACUAAGACUUGUGAAUUCAUUGUCCACUCACUGUCACAGAAAAGGAAACUGACAGCACGCCCAGUAGACUUCACAAUUACUCCUGAAACUUUGCAAAAUGUUAAAGAGAGAGCUUCACUUCCAAAAUUUCUCAUCAGAGGUCAUCUCAGUUCUACAAACUGUAUCAUCACCCAGCCACUGACAGGGGAGCUGGUAGUGGAGAAUGCAGAGGCAGCAGUCAAGAGUAUUGAGCUGCAGUUAGUGCGAGUGGAGACCUGUGGGUGUGCAGAGGGUUAUGCCAGAGAUGCCACAGAGAUACAGAACAUUCAGAUUGCUGAUGGGGAUGUCUGCAGGGGCCUACCAAUUCCUAUAUACAUGGUGUUUCCCAGGUUGUUCACCUGCCCCAACCUGGAAACAACAAACUUCAAAGUCGAGUUUGAAGUUAACAUUGUUGUCCUUCUGCAUGAUGAUCAUCUCAUCACAGAGAACUUCCCACUGAAGCUCUGCAGGAUGUAAAUAGCCAGAGGAGAAUCACUUCAGGACUUCCUGAAAAAGGACA